UGUUCUAACGUGGGAAGGGGGACGAGCAAAGUCCAGGGUGAAUAAGGAGUGUCCGCUGCCUCCCAUCUCCCUCACCUUGGGACUUGUGAAUGGAUUGUGUGUACGUAACUCCAUCCUUGAUCCUUGUUCUCGGGGCAACGUUUGGUUAGGAGGAUCACAUGCCUGUCUUUAUCUCUCUGGAAUUUACUCCAGGCUGAUCUAGAUAAAAACCAGGACGUCCUCCGAACUUUCUUCCUUUCUUUCCAGCUGCACCUCGACUCCUCAUGGCUUCCAACGAGAGUCCCGAUGUCGUGUCCCAAUCCAUCGCCCAAUCGACCACCGGCCCAGCGGCGGACGAAGCCGAACAGAAAGUAAAUGAGAAUGUAGCUGAUAGGGUAGCCAGCCUGCCGCUGGUCAGUUCCGCCUACGACAUGGUCUCGGCUGCAUACACCUCUACAAAAGAGAGCCACCCCUACAUGAAGUCCGUCUGUGACAUGGCAGAGAAGGGAGUGAAGACCAUUGCUUCGGUGGCGGUCAGCGGUGCCCAGCCCAUCCUCACCAAACUGGAGCCACAGAUUUCCACAGCCAACGAGUACGCCUUGAAAGGUUUGGGCAAGCUGGAAGAGAAACUGCCAAUUCUCCAACAGCCGACUGAUAAGGUAAUCCAAAUUAUUAUUAUUAUUUAUUAUUAUUUAUUAAAUUUAUAUGCUGCCCAAUCCCGAAGGACUCCGGGUGGCAAAUCUUCCUUCCUUCACUCAAAUUAAAGAUCUGAAAACCAAAAAUUUAUCCAGUCAACACAUUGAUUCCUACUUCAAAUGACAAUUUCUGCCUGCAGCAUUAGUGCAAUAGCUGAAUUUGGAAAACACUAUGUUUUAUAGAGAACUUGUAGGCUUAGAUUGACUAGGGAAUUUUUUCUUUCUUUUUGUUUUAUAAAUUUUUAUUUUUAUUACACAGAC